AUGGAUCGUAUCAAGGAGAAAAUGAACCAGCUUCGCCUGGAAGCCGAGGAGUCGUCGGCCAAGGUCGAGGAGCUCCAAGCAAAGGUCAAGACGCUCGAGCAGGAGAACCUGCAAAAGGAGCAGGAGAUCAUCUCCCUUACGCACAAGAACAGUGUGCUAGAGAGCGAGGUAGAGAAAUACGAGUCUCAAGUCAAGGAGCUCAAGGCGGCUGCCAGCGAGGGCGCUCAGCACGGAACCCAGAACGAAACGCUGACUCGAAGGCUCCAACUUCUCGAGGAAGAGGCCGAGGAAGCAGACCGGACUUUGCGCGAGGCCAACGAGAAGCUGCGGCAGACCGACGUCAAGGCUGGACACUUCGAGCGUAAGGUUCAGGCCCUCGAGCAGGAGCGCGACCAAUGGGAGGCCAAGUACGAGGAGAUGGCCAAGAAGUACGCCGCGGUGCAGAAGGAGCUGGAGGACUUCCAGAACGAGAUCAACACUAUCUAA